AUGCUGGGGCACAUGGGGAAAGGAGGCCGCGGUCGAGGUCGGACCACAUACCUGGGGCUUCAAGCUGAGUUGAGGUGCGUCAGGGAGGCAAGAUGCACAGGUCUGGUGGCCACAGGGGGCGACAGUCAGGCGGUGCGGCAGGAGAGCGACGCCUCGCGGACACUGGCAGAGUGGAUGGCCCCCGGCCGGCGCAUUUCUCGGUCUUUCCUUUGGGGUUCACCGUCGGGGAAGGAGGGCUCAAAACUCGCUCAGGGGACCACGCGGUCCUGGACGCGGGAGAGAGGGGCGGUGGAGGGGGGGCGGGCUGGAUUCCCUAGCGGCUCCGCUACCGAAGGGCAUGAGCCGGGGGUCGGGGAGUGGCUAGGGGGUGCGUUGAGACCCCCACUGCGUUUUCGCCAGCCCCCGGCGUGCUCCCCCAGCAGCUCCCGCCGCUACCGGUUCUGCGCCCACCACCGCUCUGCCGGAGGCGGGGACAGGGGCUCAGGAGCCCGACCCGACUCACGCAGACCAGAAGUGGUGUGGAGUCCAACACCUUCAGACCCAACGACGCACGGGCUGCUCCGCGGCGGCUCAGCCACUCCCACCUGCACUAGCCGCGGGGAACAGCGAUUCCGCCGCCUGGCCCCCGGCCUCGCCGCGUACCUGAGCUCCAACCGAGACGCGCUCCUGGACUGCGGCCGCACGGUGACAUCAGAGCCCCGGGCUCUGGCUCCCGACCCCACCUCCGGGCUCCAGCCACCGCGGGGGAGGCGCCAAAUCCGACUCCCGGGGGCGGGAGCGCGGAGCGGCCGCGCUGCCCGGGCAGCCGACCGCCCCUUCCUAGUGUAG